UUGACCAACGAUCAAAUUUACGACCAUUUCAAGAGCACAUACGAAGUGCCUAAAAGUGUAAGGCUCUAUACGGAUCCAAACGAACAAAAACCGGAAAUUCCUCAUAUCGAUUUUCACGGCAUACCACCAACGUUAGACGAAAUAAGUAGUCACAUAAAGAGGAAAUCAUCUAAAUCUGCACCGGGCCCCGAUGGUAUCCCAUAUAUAGUCUUUAAAAAAUGUCCAUCGGUUCGUAAACACCUCAUAAAUAUAUACGGCAAAAUCUGGUCAAGGAAGCAAAUCCCGGAGUGCUUCGGGAAAGCAAUUUUUGUCCUCAUUCCCAAAAAAGAUCGAGUUACCGAUCCGAAGGAUACUAGACCGAUAGCCUUAACAAAUACAAUAUCUAAAAUCUUUUUCUCGGUCCUACAAACGAGAAUGACGCGAUUCAUGCUCAGCAACAAGUAUUUUAGGCCAAAUCACCAGAAAGGGUUUCUACCCGGGAUUUCUGGAUGCCUAGAACACAACACCUUGCUGUCGGAGAGUUUAAAAGAUGCUAGAAAAAGCGAGCGGCAAAUUACAGUUUGUUGGAUAGACUUAGAGAACGCGUUCGGGUCGAUACAACACGAGUUGAUGCUAUUCGCGCUUAGAUGGUAUAACUUUCCACCCUUAGUUAGCGAUAUGAUUGCGUCGUAUUACUCAAAAUUAAAGUUUUCUAUUAUAACUAAAGAAGGCCCAUCAAAAAGUUUGAGUUACAAUGUAGGACUAUUCCAAGGGUGCUGUUUAUCUCCAAUAGUAUUUAAUAUUGUAAUCAAUAUCCUAGUAGAUAAACUUAUCAGCAAUGAGAAAAAAUGGGGGUAUCGGUUUAAGUUCAAUAACAAAUACACGGAAUCCAUUUUAGCGUUCGCUGACGAUCUCGCAAUACUGACACGUCACCCCAAACACUGUCAAGUACUAUUAGAUGAAGUGGAUAAAUUCUGUGAGUGGACGGACGGAUUGAGGACAAAACCAAAUAAAUGUCACUGUCUGUGUCUUGGUAGGCGGAAUACAAGAUACACCUCAUACGAUCCGGGACUAUCGAUAGGCGGUCAAUGCGUUUCUACGGUUACGGAAAAUGCACCAUUCAAGUUUCUCGGUCGUAAGAUUGAUAAUAUAGGUCGUACUCCAUCUUUAGAAGGGAUAGUAGAUAGCUUUUUAAAUGAUCUCAACAGGGUAGAUAGCCAGCAGAUCAGUAACGUAAAAAAAGCAUGGAUCUACGAUAAUUACUUAACUUCACGUUUGAAUUGGCCUUUCCUCGUCUAUGAUUUUAGUAAAACCCUUUUAUCUAAAUUAGAUGCAGGCGUCAUAAAGAUGUUGAAGUUGUGGCUCGGGCUCGCGCUAACGGCUGAUUCAUCGGCUUUAUUCAGGGAUCGUAAUAGUUUUGGGAUGAAUCUAAAAAGACCAUCGGAGCUCUACAAACACCUAAGAGUUUCCAAGAGACAUAUCCUGGGAAAAUCCCAUGAUGACGUCGUUACAUCACUCCCAAAAGACAAUGAUGCCCCAGAGCUAGAGUCACGACUUCAAUUCCAUAAACAAUUUAUGAUCGGAGCGCAAAAUAACAGAGUAGGGUUAGGAUCAAGUAGGAAAGUCCAAGAUACGGAUAUAUUGAAGUCUUUUAUUCGGCAAGACGAGAACGAUAAAUACAAGAUCCAUGCAAUGAGUUUAGAAAUGCAGAACGAGUGGUUAGACAUAGGAGAUUUUUGCAUUCCACUAGCACUAAAAUGGCGCACUCUAAUUCAUGACUGGUCGCCAGCCUUGCUAAAAUUUUAUCUCAAUGCGUUCCAGAUGACUCUCCCAGAUCAGAGUAAUUUAGUAAGAUGGGGUAAAGGUACCGAAAAAACUUGCUAUAUCUGCGGAAAGGCAGUUGGAACUGCUAAGCAUUUGCUGGUGGGAUGUAAGGUUCUCCUGGACAGCGGUCAAUACUCGCGUCGUCACGAUAGGGUUUUAGAGAUCAUACGUGAAGCGGUUAGUCUUUCGGUAGCCAGAGCGCAAAGGGAAAUAACCACAAACGAGCGAUCAAUAGGUUUUGUGAGAGAGGGCACCAGGGCUAUAAAAUCAAACGUCAAGCCUUACUCUAUCCUCAAAGCGGCUUCGGAUUGGACUAUCAUGAUGGAUACGUAUGAGAAACAAUACAAAAUCCCCGAGGAUAUUUGUGCGUCGGCCUCCAGACCAGACAUAUUUCUAUAUUCGCGUAUUUUAAAGCGCGUUGUGAUGAUAGAGCUUACGGUGCCUUGGGAAACCAACAUCCCCAAAGACCAUGCCAUCAAGGUCAAUAAGUAUUACGAGCUCACUAACGAACUAACUCGAAAUAGGUUCGUCGUUGAUUUGUACGCGGUAGAGGUGGGAGCGAGAGGUAUAACAGCUAAAUCUCUCUAUAACCUACUAAAAGACUUGGGCCUGUCCAGAACUAACAUUAAUUCAUUCUUGGAACGUACGUCGAAGGCAGCCCUAGUAGGUUCUUUUCAAAUUUGGUUAGGUAGGGAGAGGAACUUGGACAGUGGAGUUGACCCUCACGUAUCCCAUGGUGAACCAUUAACUGGAAACCACCAGGAGUCCAUUAACAUCCGGACACGUCUUAGCAUUCCUAACAUGAAACAAUCGACUUGGAAAGUUCACGACGACAAUUUAGCGGUCCUGUUAGAGCAUCCGGGCUCGAAACAGGAAUUGAACUCGCAGGUAGAAACUUUCCAAAAUACCGUUUAUGACUACUUCAACGAGCAAUAUCCACCACCCAAAGCUCUAGGCGACAACCACCUUAGUCAUCAGCUAGCUAGGGCGUUAAGGUCAAUCCUUAAAUUAAUUCAAGGAAUAUCGGCACAAACUGCAGAAUAUCGCGGUAAUUUUGACCGGGCCAAACAGGAAGUAGAUUUUGAUAAAAACCCUUUUGAGUAUUCGAAAACCAUUUUUAAGAAAGAACGCGGACAGCUUCUCUUGACCAACGAUCAAAUUUACGACCAUUUCAAGAGCACAUACGAAGUGCCUAAAAGUGUAAGGCUCUAUACGGAUCCAAACGAACAAAAACCGGAAAUUCCUCAUAUUGAUUUUCACGGCAUACCACCAACGUUAGACGAAAUAAGUAGUCACAUAAAGAGGAAAUCAUCUAAAUCUGCACCGGGCCCCGAUGGUAUCCCAUAUAUAGUCUUUAAAAAAUGUCCAUCGGUUCGUAAACACCUCAUAAAUAUAUACGGCAAAAUCUGGUCAAGGAAGCAAAUCCCGGAGUGCUUCGGGAAAGCAAUUUUUGUCCUCAUUCCCAAAAAAGAUCGAGUUACCGAUCCGAAGGAUACUAGACCGAUAGCCUUAACAAAUACAAUAUCUAAAAUCUUUUUCUCGGUCCUACAAACGAGAAUGACGCGAUUCAUGCUCAGCAACAAGUAUUUUAGGCCAAAUCACCAGAAAGGGUUUCUACCCGGGAUUUCUGGAUGCCUAGAACACAACACCUUGCUGUCGGAGAGUUUAAAAGAUGCUAGAAAAAGCGAGCGGCAAAUUACAGUUUGUUGGAUAGACUUAGAGAACGCGUUCGGGUCGAUACAACACGAGUUGAUGCUAUUCGCGCUUAGAUGGUAUAACUUUCCACCCUUAGUUAGCGAUAUGAUUGCGUCGUAUUACUCAAAAUUAAAGUUUUCUAUUAUAACUAAAGAAGGCCCAUCAAAAAGUUUGAGUUACAAUGUAGGACUAUUCCAAGGGUGCUGUUUAUCUCCAAUAGUAUUUAAUAUUGUAAUCAAUAUCCUAGUAGAUAAACUUAUCAGCAAUGAGAAAAAAUGGGGGUAUCGGUUUAAGUUCAAUAACAAAUACACGGAAUCCAUUUUAGCGUUCGCUGACGAUCUCGCAAUACUGACACGUCACCCCAAACACUGUCAAGUACUAUUAGAUGAAGUGGAUAAAUUCUGUGAGUGGACGGACGGAUUGAGGACAAAACCAAAUAAAUGUCACUGUCUGUGUCUUGGUAGGCGGAAUACAAGAUACACCUCAUACGAUCCGGGACUAUCGAUAGGCGGUCAAUGCGUUUCUACGGUUACGGAAAAUGCACCAUUCAAGUUUCUCGGUCGUAAGAUUGAUAAUAUAGGUCGUACUCCAUCUUUAGAAGGGAUAGUAGAUAGCUUUUUAAAUGAUCUCAACAGGGUAGAUAGCCAGCAGAUCAGUAACGUAAAAAAAGCAUGGAUCUACGAUAAUUACUUAACUUCACGUUUGAAUUGGCCUUUCCUCGUCUAUGAUUUUAGUAAAACCCUUUUAUCUAAAUUAGAUGCAGGCGUCAUAAAGAUGUUGAAGUUGUGGCUCGGGCUCGCGCUAACGGCUGAUUCAUCGGCUUUAUUCAGGGAUCGUAAUAGUUUUGGGAUGAAUCUAAAAAGACCAUCGGAGCUCUACAAACACCUAAGAGUUUCCAAGAGACAUAUCCUGGGAAAAUCCCAUGAUGACGUCGUUACAUCACUCCCAAAAGACAAUGAUGCCCCAGAGCUAGAGUCACGACUUCAAUUCCAUAAACAAUUUAUGAUCGGAGCGCAAAAUAACAGAGUAGGGUUAGGAUCAAGUAGGAAAGUCCAAGAUACGGAUAUAUUGAAGUCUUUUAUUCGGCAAGACGAGAACGAUAAAUACAAGAUCCAUGCAAUGAGUUUAGAAAUGCAGAACGAGUGGUUAGACAUAGGAGAUUUUUGCAUUCCACUAGCACUAAAAUGGCGCACUCUAAUUCAUGACUGGUCGCCAGCCUUGCUAAAAUUUUAUCUCAAUGCGUUCCAGAUGACUCUCCCAGAUCAGAGUAAUUUAGUAAGAUGGGGUAAAGGUACCGAAAAAACUUGCUAUAUCUGCGGAAAGGCAGUUGGAACUGCUAAGCAUUUGCUGGUGGGAUGUAAGGUUCUCCUGGACAGCGGUCAAUACUCGCGUCGUCACGAUAGGGUUUUAGAGAUCAUACGUGAAGCGGUUAGUCUUUCGGUAGCCAGAGCGCAAAGGGAAAUAACCACAAACGAGCGAUCAAUAGGUUUUGUGAGAGAGGGCACCAGGGCUAUAAAAUCAAACGUCAAGCCUUACUCUAUCCUCAAAGCGGCUUCGGAUUGGACUAUCAUGAUGGAUACGUAUGAGAAACAAUACAAAAUCCCCGAGGAUAUUUGUGCGUCGGCCUCCAGACCAGACAUAUUUCUAUAUUCGCGUAUUUUAAAGCGCGUUGUGAUGAUAGAGCUUACGGUGCCUUGGGAAACCAACAUCCCCAAAGACCAUGCCAUCAAGGUCAAUAAGUAUUACGAGCUCACUAACGAACUAACUCGAAAUAGGUUCGUCGUUGAUUUGUACGCGGUAGAGGUGGGAGCGAGAGGUAUAACAGCUAAAUCUCUCUAUAACCUACUAAAAGACUUGGGCCUGUCCAGAACUAACAUUAAUUCAUUCUUGGAACGUACGUCGAAGGCAGCCCUAGUAGGUUCUUUUCAAAUUUGGUUAGGUAGGGAGAGGAACUUGGACAGUGGAGGUGAGCGUAUAACGCGCGUUAGCUAA